UCUACCUCGUGUAAUUUUGUAACGUCAUGUCUAUUUUAGGAAAUCCGACGCUUGGUCUUUUCGUUAGUUUUUAAGUCAAAAAUCGCAUAGAAUUAGGUGUAAAACCAGUGCAAAAGUGCCCCCUUGUUAGUACACCGCGCCUCAAGAUCGCCCCACUCGCCAUUCCUUCGAUGUAAAAACCCCAAAACGCAAGAUGGUGGACGUGGAUAACCUCUCCGACGCCGAGUUGCGUUCAAAACUCAUCGAAUUCGGCUUUCCGGUGAUGCCCAUCACGGGUACCACUCGCAAAACCAUGGCGAAAAAACUCAAAAUGCUCCUUGAGAACAAAACGAAGAUCGGUAAAGACACCCGCCGCUCGUUGGGGCGCUACUCGAGCGAAGACGAGAGCGACAGCGACGCCAAAUCGUCGAAAAAAGACAAGUUACGUCGCCAGACGAUGGCAGCCCCCUUGCAUCCGCCAUCCAGACGCAAAACCACCAUUGAGGCGAGCGACGAGGAAGCCCCCGUUCGCAAGGAGAUCAAGACUUCGACCACGACCACCAGAACGAUGAAAAUACUGCAUAAUGCCCAAGAUGAGUUUGAUACAGGGUCGGACUCGGACGAAGUGGCCGAGAAAUUCCAGAGUUUUCGCAAAGAGACACCUGAGAGUUUCAAGAAGGAGUCCCCGGGUCGGCUACCGGCGAGUUUCGCCUCGGCGAGCUCCGCGGCUGAAGCCGCCUCUGAUAGAAUCAGCCAGAUUAGGUCCAGAUUGUCACAAUACAACUCUGGAUUUGAUCGGAGUUAUUCCCCGAGUGAUGAUUUACUAAAAGACAAGGAAAAUACCCCAUUUUUGAGUAAUUUCACUAAGAGGUUGUCUCAAUUGUCUGAAAGCCCCAAAAGUACGCUUUAUGACUACAAGAGUGACAUAAUUAAGGAAAAUGAUGUUAAUGGGGGUGCCACAUCGCGGUCGUACCUCAACAGUUAUAGGGCUUCCCGGGGGCGCCCGAGCACUUAUGACUACAAGCCUUUCAAUCAGAGCAUUUUCAAGAACAAUUUUGUUCCAUUUAUGGUACUUGUGGCCGCAUUUUUGUUUUUUAUCGUGGUGGCUGUUCUCUAUUUGGGGAUUCGCUCCGAUACGGCCCUGGAUGUCUCUGCUACGAUACCCCAUUGUUCUAAAUCUAACAGUAAAAGCAAGAGAUUCGUGAAUUGUAUUUUGGAAGGUGAGGGCAAGUCUACAUUACAUUUGUUGCAAGUUUUAAAACCGGAAUUGAAUCGAAGAGCUUUGAUUAACAAAUGCGAAAAUCAUAAUGUUAAACCCUAUAUGACAGAACAGGAAAUUGUAACGUUUAUCGCCGAAAAUUACGCAAUUAAAGAAGAAAGUCGAAUUAUGACCGAUUUGCAAAAUUUGGAAGUUUUAGCGUUUCAUAACCCGUCGUGGGGCAUUAACGUCUUACUAUUGAACAAAAAUGACGUUGCUUUCGACGAAAACAGCAUCGCAUGGGAUAUGAGUGAAGUGAAUGAAGGUCGCCGCUCCAAGGUCAUUGCCCUCCUAUCGCGCAACCCUUACAUCCCCUGGAAUUGCUACUUUUACAACACUUUGUGGUCGUUUUUAAGUCUGGUGACGUCACUUCUGGGCGCGGCUCUCCUCGUCUACACCCUUAACUACGUCUUCAAGUGUUACAAACAAAUCCGUCAAAAACAACACGAAGAAGAAAUGUCGCUUGUCGAAAGUAUUAUCGACAUUCUCCAGACAAAUGCUACCGAAAACGGUGAUAACUACAUGGUGAUCAACCACGUCCGCGACAUGAUUCUACCAAUCAACGAACGUAAAAAUAAGCAGAAAUUGUGGGCGCGCGCCGUGCGCUACAUUCAAGAGAACGAAUCGCGUAUCAGAAUUGAGGAGAAGGCGGUGCAAGGCGAGUACGCGGAGGUGUGGCGAUGGCUAGGCGGGGCUAAUUUAAACACGUCGAAAAAUAAAAGUUGGCAAGGGCAAGCGUUUGAAACGCAAGUCGGCUCUGUAAAUAGUCUGCCAUGUUCGCCGACGCCAUGUUUGAAAAUUCGAGGAAUGGUCGAAGAUGGCGACCGAAAUACCCACGUGAUCAAAAAGGCGGUUUUGAGUAAAUGUGCACAACAGUGUCGGAUUUUGCACUGCGUUGUCGACACCAAUUCGAAUUGUGUGUAUUUAAAGUGUGCGGAUACGAGCGAUGCGGCGGUGGCGUACAGGAAUCUGCACGGGUGGUGGUAUGCGGGGAAUUUAGUCACGGUGAAAUAUUUGAGGUUGGAGAGGUAUAUGCAGAGAUUCCCGGAUUCGCCGGUCAGUGGGCCCCCAUUUUUACAAUAACUUGGUUGUUUUUCCAUUAUUUAUUAACAAAACGGACGUUUUUUACUUUUAUGACUGAUAGAGUGUUAAUUGUUUCGUUAAAAAAACUUGUUUAAGGAUUAACAAAUUGUUAGGAGUAAUGUUGAGUACAAGACGAUUUUAAUUUUUCUUCAUUCUAGGAAAUUUCAUAACUGUAUUUUUAAAUACGUAUUAAUAAAUUGUAUUUGUAUAAGAA